UAUGUGAUGAAGCAUUAAAUAUAUAAUGCAUAAAACUUAAUGUCACCUUCAUGAUUCAACACUUCAAUAGCCUGAGUGCAAAUAAAGGCUCACUAGCGAACCUCGAAGGAAACUCAACAAGGCAAUCGAAGGGAAGAGGAUAUCUCAGAAGAGGAAGACCUACCAUCUGAAAAAUAGGGCUCACUCAGAGUCACUCUCACACCUCACAUCUCUUAUAGGGAGCAAACGUUCGACUAACAGUUUUGCAAGCGCCUUCGGCCAGGAUUAAUUAAUCCAAACAAAAUUUUAAUCAGGCAAAAAUAAACCGUUUCAAAAGUUCCGUCUACUUCUUGUCGAGCGAACUUGGGGAACUAGAGAGCUCACAAAUCGGUGACCUCAACGUGAUAUAAAUACGCAACCUUAUGGAGCUAAUCGUCUUUUAUAAGAGACUCGUAUAUACUUCUUUGAGAAUAUAAGGACACGCUGUGUUACUGCGCAGCAUUUGGGUGCGAAAUUAUGCAUGAAUGACACAGCCAUAAGCGAUAGAUAUACGUACGCACGUGAGUACACUAAAGACCUAUGUGCGUCACGCAUGGUGGUUUCCCAAACUUUCGCCGUACUUUAUAAGCGCCUUUGAUAAUAUUCCACACGCGCAUCGAUAUUUCUUUCAGCUAAAUAAUGAAGUUCUUCUAAUUAGACGAACCGUUACACAACAAUCAUCGCGUUAACAGGAAUAAUAAAGUGCAAUGUCUACCGACUGUAGAAGUAAUGGAACGGUGAAUUGUUGAACACACAUUGGAAAGGUUUCGUGGAAGAUGGACUUCGCUGGAGAACGGUAUUAUAAGCUGAAUAGAAUACUUCUGCUGUCUCUCGGUCUGUGGCCUUAUCACAUUUCAAUUUUUAAGAAAGUACAAAUAAUCUUUUUUCAAGCGUUAUCCAUAUCCUUUCUAAUAUGUCAGUGUAUCCCAUUUUUUGUAAAACAAUACAGCAUCAAUUAUAUUGCCAAAAUGUUGACGACCAUCAUUCUUACUUGUAUAUUUAUUGUAAAAUAUAACGCUGGCCUCCUACUCAGCGAUAAGAUCAAAUAUAUCUUCGAUAGGGUUCGAGACGAUUGGAAUAUGCUAACGACUCAGGCAGAAUUGGAAGUGAUAAAAAAAUAUGCAAACAAUGCUAAAUUCCAUACGACUUUUCUUAUACUUGCGAGUACUGGCGGUUCAUUGGGAUUAUUAUUAAUAAUGUGUCUACCCCAUCUAUUUGAUGUGAUUAUACCAAUGAAUGAAUCGCGACCGCGACACACAAUAAUUAAUGUGGAAUACUUUGUUGAUGAGGAAACGUACUUUUUCGCUAUUUUGACACAUAUUUGCAUUAAUGUUUAUGCUGGAAGCAUCACAGUAAUGGCUAUUGAAACAAUACUAAUAGCAUACGUUUUGCACAUUUGCGCUUUGUUUAGAAUCUCCAGCUAUCGAAUGGAACACAUAUUUGAUAAAAACGUACAACCAAUGCCAAAGGAUAUUAAACAAUCUGUAGUUUAUAACAAUAUAAUAAACGCUGUAUAUGUUCAUCGUAGAGCUUUGGAUUUAACCAAUAUUUGGACAAACAGUUUUUCAACAAUGUAUAUCGUGGUAUUAGUACUUGCUGUGUCUUCGAUGAGUCUCAGUUGCUUUAACUUAAUUAAUGCGGUAACAGCCCUGGAAAAAGUGGAAUUAGUGAUGUGCGGUUCCCUUUUACUUUUACAUUUAUAUUUUAUUUUUCGGGCAAAUUAUAUUGGACAGGACAUUAUAGAUAGCAGCACUGGCAUUUCUGAAGCGACGUAUAAUGCACAGUGGUAUACUGCGCCAUUAUGUAUGCAAAAGUUGAUACUACUCAUAAUACAACGUAGUAACAAAAGGAGUACUUUAUUAGUUGGAGGUUUAUUUGACGCGUCGUUAGAAGGUUUUAGUUCGCUCAUAAGUAUGUCUGUAUCUUAUGUUAUGGUACUUCAAUCCGUGGGAACACACAACGAAAGCGGAAAGAAGUAAUAAUUACGUUUUAAAUAUCCCAGCCGUAGGUCUAGAAUAUGUACAGUACAUUUUACAUGUACUUCUCUACAUAUUUAUUAAUACAUUAAAUCAAACCAAAUAUUAAUGCAAUGCAUUUUUUAAUUAUUGCUAUUGUGUCAUAGAUUAAGACAUAUUUUUUUAUUACUUUUCCUUCAUUAACAAUAAUAUCAACUACUUAAUAAUGUAUUUCUAAUGUAAUUUCCCUUUUUCGGUGCAGUAUAAUUUACUUUUCAAUUUUUUUCAAUAUAACAUUAUAUGAUCAAGCGCUAAAUAUAUAAUGCAUAAAAUUUUAUGUUGCCUACAUGAUUCAAAACUUCAAUAGCCUGAGUGCAAAUAAAGACUCACUAGCAAUCCUCGACGGAAAAUCAACAAGGCAUCCGAAUGGGAAGAGGAUAUCUCAGAAGAGGAAGAACUACUUCCUGAGAAGUAUGGCUAAUCAGGGUCUCUAACCACACCUCACAUCUCUUAUAGAGAGUCAAAGCUCAACUAACAUUUUUGCGAUGCUCCUGCGGGUAAAUUAAGCGAAAAAAAUUGUAAGCAGGCUGAAAUAGGUUGUUUCAACAGUUUCGCCGAGUUCUUGUCGACCGUACUUGCGGAACCAGAGAGCUCACAAAUUGGUGUUCUCUCAACGCGAUAUAGAUACGCCAUCCUGUGGAGCUAAUAAUCUCUUAUAAGAGACUCGCAAAUACUCCUUUGAGUACAAGGGCAUGUUGUGUCACUACGCCGCGUUCGGGUGCUAAUUUACGCGUGAAUUACGCAGCCAUUAUGAAUUACAAGCGACAUAUACGAGUACUA